CGUGCCAAAUGAGAGAGAGUCAUGGCUGCCGAUAAUCACUCUGACAUCGUUCCCUGAUAAAGUCGGAGGCGUUCCUGUCGUUGUUGAUUCUCAAGCAGCAAGCGAUUAAUUCGAGCGGCGAAGAUGUCGACAGACUUUUACAUACGCUACUAUGUCGGCCACAAGGGCAAGUUCGGUCACGAGUUUCUCGAGUUUGAGUUUCGGCCAGACGGCAAGCUGCGUUAUGCCAAUAAUUCAAACUACAAGAAUGAUACGAUGAUCCGCAAGGAAGCGUAUGUGCACCAAUGUGUGAUGGAGGAGCUGAAGCGGAUCAUCCAAGACUCGGAGAUCAUGCAGGAGGACGACUCGCUGUGGCCGCAGCCCGACCGUGUCGGCCGGCAAGAACUGGAGAUCGUGAUCGGCGAUGAACAUAUAUCGUUCACCACCUCCAAAACUGGGUCUCUCCUGGACGUCAACCAGUCGCGCGAUCCGGAGGGAUUAAGAUGCUUCUAUUAUCUCGUGCAGGACCUCAAAUGCUUGGUGUUCUCACUGAUAGGACUGCACUUCAAGAUAAAACCUAUAUAAUAUCUCGCGCGCUGGAAUAUUGUAACGUUAGCAUAAUGAUGAGCCUUAUUCUAAUAAAAUUUCUUAUAAUAACAAA